AUGGACAAGAAAGAAAUCAAUUUGGACUCGGUAUUGGAGAGUCUGGGACCGUACGGACGUUACAAUCUAUUGAAUUUCGUCCUUUUACUAUUCCCAGUACUGCUGAGUGCGUUCUAUGAGUGCGGCUUCAUAUUUGAGGCACAGGAACAAAUCUACCGGUGCAAAGUAGAUGGCUGUGAAAACACGUUCAACGACACAUCCUGGCUGCAGUACGCUAUACCGAGGGACAAUAACAAGGAAAGACCCGAGUCCUGUAAAAGAUAUGCCCCAUACACUACCAUAGAACAUUGCACACCAGAUGAAUUCAGUAAUAGAACCAUACCGUGUGAUAGCUAUGUGUAUGAGUUUAAUGGAUCUUUAGUUGAAGAGUUCGACCUAGGUUGCCAAGAAUGGAAGCGAGCACUAGUAGGAACCGUCCACAACAGCGGAAUGUUUGUGGCUAUGUUGUUUACUGGGAUUCUCUCCGACCGGUUCGGAAGGAAGGCUGCAGUGGGUCUUGCAGCAACAGCGAGUUGCCUCUUCGGGAUACUUAGAGCUUUCUCACCCAAUUACGCCAUGUAUAUGGCAAUGCAUUUCUUUGAAGCUGCAUUUGGGGGCGGGUUGUAUCCGUCCGCCUAUGUCUUAGCUGUCGAGCUGGUUGGUCUCAAGCAGCGUGUGAUUGUCUCCGCCAUGUGCAAUAUGGCCUUUGUCGUCGGUGUCGUCCUCCUUGCUCUUUUGGCAUGGUUCGUUAACAAUUGGAGAACCUACAUUCUCAUACUCUACAGCCCAGCCAUCAUUGUUGGAUUGUACGUGUGGCUGAUGAACGAGAGCGCCAGAUGGCUGCUUAGCAAAGGCAGAAAGGAAGAUGCCAUUAAAACCUUAAAAAGAGCAGCGAAAUUGAACAAUAUGGACCCUGCUAAAUUAGAUUUGGAUGCACUGAGCGAUCCCUUACUAAAGAAUGACGUGACCCCAGACAAAAAGUCUCAAUUCUCAAAAGCGAUACGUUCUAGUAUCAUUUGGAAGCGUUUAGUUGUGUGUUCGUUUUUGUGGUUAACAUGUUCAUUGGUAUAUUACGGGCUCUCGAUAAACUCAGUGUCGCUAAGUGAUAACAAAUACGUAAGUUUUAUGCUGGUGACGGUUGUAGAAAUUCCUGCGUAUAUAAUAGUAGUGAUAGUGUUGGACAAGUAUGGCAGGAAAAAGACGAUGGUGGUUAAUUACAUGACGUGUGCGGUUACCAGUUUGCUGUUCGCUUUCUUACCUAAAGGUAACUGGUACUCAAUAGUCCUAUAUCUAAUCGGCAAGUGGAGCGUCACUCUCACAUACAGCUCAGUCUACAUCUACGUGUCUGAAGUAUUUCCCACUAACAUGCGGCAGAUGUUGCUAAGCAUUUGCUCUACCUCUGGGAGGAUAGGAUCUCUCAUUGCACCAUUGACGCCUUUGCUGUCACACUACCACAAAUCCAUGCCAACAGUGAUUUUCGGAGGCAUGUGCAUCAUAUGCACCAUGCUAGUUUUUCUUCUUCCGGAGACACGAAACAUACGUCUACCAGACACCAUUGAGGAAGCUGAAGAAUUGUCUAGGAAAAAGAGAAAAGCCGAACCUUUGACUGACAUAAAGUGA